AUGCCGCGCUCUGCGGGGCGCCUCGUAACAUCGGGCGGAACAUGCACCCGCGCAAUAGCCUGCGGCAACGGCGCAGCUCUGGGUCAAGGGCUCCUCCUCCGGGCCAACUGCUGUAUUGACGGGCGGCCCCGCGCAUUCCCUGCAUCGCCGCUGAAGCAGCAGCAGCUUGUCGAGCGGGUCGAGCCCUUGCGCAAACGCCUCUUGCCGGCUGUGCUGGCAGGCGACGCAGAGCAAGGCACGGCAGACCAACAGCAGCAGGUCGGCGGCCAGGAUGAGCUGAGUGAACACGCCUCAGAGAUGGAAACUAAGGACAACGGCGGGGGCGAAAACAAGGUGUUUCCUUCGCAGCACUACCACGCACAGCAGCAAGGAUACCCGCUUGACGCUAUUCCCAUCCCAGUACACCAAAUACCCAUUCAGAGCGGCCACAUUCUCCUACCGCAGCUAUUCAAUAACGGACUUCAGCAGGGCGCCAUCCACUUACCACAGUGGGAGUCUAACAAGCUCCAAAAGCCACCUCAGCCAGUUUUCGAGCACCAACAUCAGUCAGCGCAGCAACAGCAUGAACCACAAUACCAGCAGCAACAGCAGCACGAACAGCAGUACCAACAGCACCAACAACAGCAGCAGCCGCAACAAGGCCACCACCAUCACCAUGCGUAUCCUGAUGUUCACCAUCAACCGACUCAAGUAGUUCAUCAUGGCGGUGGGGGAGGAGGGGGCACUGCAUCUGAGGAGCAGCAUCACCAGUACAUAGAGAACCACAACGUACAUCCGCAGCAAUCAACGGACUUGGCGACGCAGGCACAAGGCCAGGAGCCUUGGCCAUUGCCACAGCCCGAAAUGCCCAAGAUCGUCCACCUGGAUGUCAAAUGCGAGAAAAAUCUCAUGAAGGUAGUGGUAGAGUUCGACAAGCCGUUCCACGGCAUAAUCUUUAGCAAAGGCCAUUACAGCUAUGGCAGUUGUGUCCACUUGCCGGCGGGCUCAGGCCGCAAAAGCGUCUACUUCGACGUAUCGAUCAAUAGUUGUGGCACCAUAGGAAACACGCAGAAUGGACUCUACGGUUACGACGGUGGCAAUUCUGGAACAGGAAGCUUUUUCGAGAACACAAUUAUUGUACAGUACGAUCCACAAGUGCAGGAAGUGUGGGACCAGGCACGUAAGCUGAGAUGCACGUGGCACAACAACUACGAGAAGGCAGUUACUUUUCGGCCUUUCCCGGUCGACAUGCUGGACGUUGUGCGCGCCGACUUCGCGGGUGACAACGUAGGCUGCUGGAUGCAGAUACAAGCUGGCAAAGGGCCUUGGGCCAGCGAGGUAGCCGGCAUUGUCAAAAUUGGCCAGACCAUGACGAUGGUGUUGGCCAUCAAGGACGACGAAAACAAGUUCGACAUGCUGGUACGCAACUGCAUCGCGCACGAUGGGCAGAGGGCGCCAAUUGAGCUCGUUGACAGCCAAGGUUGCGUAGUGCGACCAAAACUCAUGAGCCGGUUCACCAAGAUCAGAAACUUCGGUUCCAGUGCGACAGUGCUGUCGUACGCCCAUUUCCAAGCCUUCAAGUUUCCAGAUACAAUGGAAGUACACUUCCAGUGCACCAUACAGAUUUGCCGAUAUCAGUGCCCAGAUCAGUGCUCGGCACAGGCGUCCGUCGACUCAUCGGCAUCCGACAAGCAGGCGUUGUACUCAAACCACGUUUCCCAGUCAGCUGGCCGGCCCAGGGAAGAGAGAGACGUUUCCUAUCACGAAGAAGAAGAGGAAAUGGCAGAGAUUGGCGUGAACAGGGUCAUUCGUGUUGUCUCUGCUGGUGAUUUAGCAUUCAGCCUGGGUUCCAACGAGACUCAUCCGGCUCCCUUAGUAAAAGAGGAGCACGAAAGUUCCAUCAUAUGCAUGUCUGCGCCAGGAUUCGCGUCUGUUCUUGUUGUACUCCUGUCCCUCCUUGUCAUUGCCUGCCUGCUGUCUGCUUUCUUGUGGAUCAAACAAAAGACAGCGUCACGGCUCCCUAAAAGUCUCCCCUAUGACCUGCCAGUGCUCAAAAAAGGAAAGCUCUAAUCUGGUUUCGCUUAUAGGCUCCUGAACUAAUGAUAAUGAUGGACGAGAGAUUUUCUUUUCUUCCAACAUCGCGAAAAAAAUUUGACCGCUCGGCCUCAAUACUCAGAACGGCGAAAUCGUGGAGCUUAAAAGCCGUUUCCUCCUGCAUCACGAUUUCACCCGGGUACUGCCAGAGGCUGAAUGAUUAAAUUUUUGUAGAUGGCCUUACGACACGCUGACACUGCGUAUUCGAGCUCUUUAUUUUACCAUUUAUCGCGCGAGUAAUGCGGCUGGUCUAGGUGACUUUAGCGAAUCCGCCUUGUCAGUGCGUCCGAUAACCGGGGCUAUAUGUGCCUUCUUCCUUAAGCCAUAAACAUCUCUUAACUUACAUUGAGCAUUCAGGGAUCAUUCAUGUCCAUUUAACCACAUUUGAGUGUUAGGCGACAGGGAUGCACAUGUCCUCGUAGCUCUGCCUCGCCACGUGUGUGUCGGAGAUGUGUACUACUACUACAAACAUAGGCGUGCGUACGGGUGGAGAGGAGCCGCAAAGUCAGCCCCACACAUUGACAUAUGGAGGGGGGCGCUGCAACAAACCUUUGCAUACCCCCUCUCUGAAGGAUACCCUGCAUGCGCACGCUUAUGCCUACGAAGUCACUAUCAGCAGACACAUACACUUCUAUGUUGUUUCUACCACGCUCUGCUUUUUUCAGGAAUUACUCAUCAGUUGUAUUCUCUACAGGACACAGUGCUUAAAGCCUAUUUGCGUACAUUCGUCCAGAAAAUUAUUCGCAUCCUCUGCGACAAGUCGCGCUGCUUUCGUUCGCUAGUGUCAGAGUGCCAAAGGUAACGUGCAGGUAAAGGCCAUGAGCCGUCCGCACCUUACAUACCACGUAGGACGCUUUGGAUAUAAGAAACCGGUAAAACAGCGAUGUUUUCCUGUUUGCAGCAAGCUGCUCGUGACUGCCGCGAAGCGAAGGAUACUAGGUUGUUGGGACCAGCUUGUAAUAGUAACAUUAAUAAUUUUUACUUGCACAAUGAUAUGAACUUUCCCGUUAUCAUAUGAUAUGAACUCUCCCGUCGCAGCGCUUCAACGCGGGGAUUUUUGGCGCGGCGUCACGUCCUCUCUAGAUACAGAGGGCGCUGGGUUACGGGAAGCUGUAAAGUUACUGUAUAUGCUACCUUUAGGUAGCAUAUACAGUAACUCUAGGAAGCUGCGCGCCCACCCUCUCCAGAGAGAGAGGGCGCGGUGCCACGUCAAAAUUCCACGCGCUGCAACGAUUACGUAUGGUCAAGACAUCAUGUGUCUGCUAGCCCUUGUUUACUUUUGAAGUAGCGCACGGAGACGAGCACAAAAGGAACAAAAAGGACACCACUGCGCUCGCAACUAUUUUGUUUCGAAGAAAAAGCACAGUUAAUAUACAAUAUUAACCUUUUAUUUCAUUUCUUCUGUGCUUGUCUCCGUGCGCUGCUCCAUAAGUAAACAUGAACUAUCACCAACUCCUCCAAUUUUUAUCGUUACUGAACGUCUGCUAGCCCGUUUCGGUUGCCCCUUUUUGAGUAGUACGUUUCACCAGAAAAAAAGUUUGAGAGUCCUCUUUCCGUUCACGUUGUUAGCGCAUUGACAGGUCGGGCUUGAUACCUGUAAGAAUGACGUCAAAAGAUGCUCCUCCACACACUUCGUUAAGGCAUACCACGAUGGGUGGUCCAGUCUUCAGCUAUGGAAAUGCGUGACUAUACCAAGAUUCGCAAGCGGUGCCCAGACGAAGCCUCAUAUGUGCGUUGACCAGAGUUACACAGCACGAAAAUAUAAUUGAAAUGAAAGCGUAGCCAGUUAAAAAUAAAACAAAAGGCGGUCAUUUGGACAUCUUGCACCUACAAACAGACGAUCGAGAA